AUGCGUUGUAGCAAAAAGAAGAAGAUGAGUUGUGAAAUGGUGUCGUUGAAGAAGAAGAAGAAGAAGAACAAGGAUGGUUUAGGGUGGAUAGUGUGGUUAAGAGGAUGUGCCAAUGUUUUGCAAGAGGUUUUCUUGCAGAGAAGAAUGGCUUCUCACUUACACAAUCCAUUUCCUCUUCCUCCUCUGAACCACUUAACAUGCAUUGUCACUGGCUCCACUAGUGGCAUUGGCUCAGAGACAGCUAGGCAGCUUGCGGAGGCUGGUGCUCAUGUUGUUAUGGCUGUAAGGAACACAAAAGCGGCUCAUGAGCUGAUUCUUCAAUGGCAGACCAAGUGGUCUGCUAGUGGUAAAGCACGACUCCCACUUAAUAUUCAGGUGAUGGAACUUGAUCUUCUCUCUUUAGAUUCCGUCGUAAGGUUUGGCAAUGCGUGGAACGCACGGUUAGCCCCUUUGCAUGUUCUGAUUAACAACGCCGGCAUGUUUUCUAUGGGAGGGGCACAAAAAUUCUCAAAAGAUGGAUAUGAAGAGCAUUUGCAAGUGAACCAUUUAGCUCCAGCUCUGCUUUCACUGCUCCUUUUGCCUUCGCUUAUCCGAGCUUCUCGAAGUCGAAUCAUUAAUGUCAAUUCUGUUAUUCAUUAUGUUGGUUUCGUCGAUCCGAGUGAUCUUAAUAUUGUUUCUGGUAAACGAAAGUUCUCAAGCUUGAUUGGAUAUUCUAGCAGCAAACUCGCUCAGGUUAUGUUUAACAAUGUUCUUUCAAAAAGACUGCCUUUGGAAACUGGCAUUAGCGUCGUUUGUUUAUCCCCUGGCGUUGUCCAAACAAACGUUAACGUAGAAACAUCGAACAAAGUUUGGGAAAAGACGAUAGAGCUUAUUGGUCUUCCUCUUGAUGCAUUGCAAAAGAUUAUACAAGGAGAAGAGGUCCAAUGUCAUUAUGGGUUUCAUUAA